AGGGAGAGGCUGGGGAAGCCCUAGAAGCGCGCGCAGGCGCACUGGCUUGCACCUGGCUCCCGCCAGCCGUAGGAUUAGGCUUCGCCGGCUACGAUUGCGGGAUGAGGAUGACAAGACUGCCUGUGGCCAUGAGCCCUCCCCGGUGCUCCUGGGGUUAAGGCUGGGGCUGCAACCAUGGGGCUGGAUCGGCCCCAGGCCUGGUUGCUGGGUCUGCCCACAGCUGCGGUCUAUGGCUCCCUGGCUCUCUUCACCACCAUCCUGCACAAUGUCUUCCUGCUCUACUAUGUAGACACCUUUGUAUCAGUGUACAAGAUCAACAAAAUGGCCUUCUGGGUCGGAGAGACGGUGUUUCUCCUCUGGAACAGCCUCAAUGACCCCCUCUUCGGCUGGCUCAGUGACCGGCAGUUCCUCAGCUCCCAGCACCGCAGGUCAGGCGCUGGGCUCUCCUCAAGGGCCGUGGUGCUGGCCCGGGUGCGGGCCCUGGGCUGGCAUGGGCCGCUGCUGGCGCUGUCAUUCCUGGCAUUCUGGGUGCCCUGGGCCCCAGCUGGCCUGCAGUUCUUGCUGUGCCUGUGCCUCUAUGAUGGCUUCCUGACGCUCGUGGACCUGCACCACCACGCCUUGCUGGCCGACCUGGCACUCUCAGCCCACGACCGCACCCACCUCAACUUCUACUGCUCCCUCUUCAGCGCAGCCGGCUCCCUCUCUGUCUUUGCCUCCUAUGCCUUUUGGAACAAGGAGGAUUUCUCCUCCUUCCGCGCUUUCUGCGUGACACUGGCUGUCAGCUCUGGGCUGGGCUUUCUGGGGGCCACACAGCUGCUGAGGCGGCGGGUUGAGGCCGCCCGAAGGGACCCAGGGUGCUCAGGCCUGGCUGUGGAUUUCGGCCUGUGUGGAGAGGAGCUGCUUGUGGGCAGUGAGGAGGCAGACAGCAUCACCUUGGGCCAAUAUCUCCGGCAGCUGGCACGCCAUCGGAACUUCCUGUGGUUUGUGAGCAUGGACCUGGUGCAGGUCUUCCACUGCCACUUCAACAGCAACUUUUUCCCUCUCUUCCUGGAGCAUCUGUUGUCUGACCAUAUCUCCCUUUCCACGGGCUCCAUCCUGUUGGGCCUCUCCUAUGUUGCUCCCCAUCUCAACAACCUCUACUUCCUGUCCCUGUGCCGGCGCUGGGGUGUCUAUGCGGUGGUGCGGGGACUCUUUCUGCUCAAGCUGGGCCUUAGCCUGCUCAUGUUGUUGGCCGGCCCGGACCACCUCAGCCUGCUGUGCCUCUUCAUUGCCAGCAACCGCGUCUUCACUGAGGGCACCUGUAAGCUGCUGACCUUGGUGGUCACCGACUUGGUAGAUGAGGACCUGGUGCUGAACCACCGCAAGCAGGCAGCCUCGGCACUCCUCUUUGGCAUGGUUGCCCUGGUGACCAAGCCAGGCCAGACCUUUGCCCCGCUGCUAGGCACCUGGCUGCUCUGUUUCUACACAGGUCAUGACCUCUUCCAGCAGUCCCUGAUAACCCCUGUGGGGAGUGCCCAUCCUUGGCCAGAGCCCCCAGCCCCAGCCCCUGCACAGGCCCCGAUGCUCCGCCAGGGCUGCUUCUACCUGCUGGUGCUGGUACCCAUCACCUGUGCUCUGCUGCAGCUCUUCACCUGGUCCCAGUUCACGCUGCACGGGAGACGCCUGCACAUGGUCAAGGCCCAGCGCCAGAACCUGUCACAGGCCCAAACCCUGGAUGUUAAGAUGGUGUGAGAGCUGUGGCAAGGCCACCCCACUGAGGACGCUGCCAGCAGCCUGGGGGAGGAGCCAGUUUUUUUUUUUUUUUUAAGGAUUUCAUAGCUGUUUUGUUUUUGUUUUUGUUUUUGUUUUUGGAGAUGUUCCCUCAAAAAAUUGAUCUGUUGCCCAGGCUGGAGUGCAGUGUUGCAAUCUGGGCUCACUGAAACCUCCACCACCCAGGUUCAAGCGAUUCUCCUGCCUCAGCCUCCCGAGUAG